AUGUCUAAAAGAUUAGCGUUAAGAACUAAGCCCUCUGUUGCCCUUACGGAUCUCGACAGCCCUCUGUUACCCUCGACAGCCCUCUGUUCUCGACAGCCCUCUAUUACCCUCGCGGAUCUCGACAGCCCUCUGUUGCCCUCGCAGAUCUCGACAGCCUUCUGUUACCUUUACGAAUACCCUCGACAGCCUUCUGUUGCCUUCACGAAUACCCUCGACAGCCCUCUGUUGCCUCCGCGGAUCUUGACAGCCCUCUAG